GACUCUAACGCUUUGGAAGUAAUCGUCUAAACCGUAGCCAGUAGUACUGUAGCAAACUAGGAAUCUCAUUUGCUACCAAAAUACAAAACAAGGAGGGGCACGUUCUAAAAGAAUAACAUGGCGGCCACACGGUACCGUCGCUUUCUUAAACUUUGUGAAGAAUGGCCGCGAGACGACACAAAAGUGGGCCGUGAUCUAGGAACGUACCUUCGACAAAGAGUUGCACAAGCAUUUCGCGAAGGUGAAAGCACACAGAUUUAUGAUCCAGUUAAGUGUGACCAGAUGUAUGAGAGCUUGGUCAACAUCAACACCAACUUCUAUAAAAACAAGUACCCCCGCCUAAUGGACACAAGCUUUACAGGAGUUACAGUGGAAGAAUGCAGAAUGGUUUUGGCUACAGACAAUAUGAAGCAAAUGGAAGAAAUGAAAAAGGGAAUGUGGCAGAAACUGAGAGCAAAAUUUGCUGCUAAAUCACCAGAUGAAGGCAUUAAAGAAUAAUCCACAGGGGUGUCUUUCCCCAUCUCCAUUACAAGAGUGAGACACUGAUAUCAGAAACCUUUUAAACCAGUACACUUUGUCCUGGAUAUGUGCAGUUAUAGUGGUGACUGCAGAAUAAAGUGGGGUGCUAGAUAAACCUGGAAGACAGUAAUUAUACUGCAUACUGUUGUACAUACCUGCUUCAGUAUUCCACAUCUCUGUAUAAGGUUUUCACAUAAUCCUGGAAACAUUCAGAUGUUUGUCACUGUUUUUUUCUACUUUCCCCAAAUGGACAGUCUAGCUUAGCUGACAGAAUGCUGUUGCCUAAAGUAAAUGGGAUAAUGAGUCCCAAUUGCAGUAACGAGAGAGAAAACAAAAAUAGUACUGAAGUGAGAGUUUCCUACAAUUGUGUUGAAGGGUAGCAGUGUCUUGGGUUACACAAGACAGUGAUAUAGCAUUUAAAGAAUAAUGUUUCACAUCUGACUUCAUUUGUAAGCUCAUUGGGUGAUUUUUUUUAUACAAUAAAUGGAGCAUUGUGAAAGCCA